AUGGAGGAUCAAUUUAUAGAGAGAGAAUAUUUGUUUCUGGGACAAAACCAUGGCUGCCAUGCGGUUGACCGAACAACAGGGGAAUAUUAUUGCAAUAGGGUCGAAGAAAAAAUGAAGAUUCACGAAGGAUUAACAUACUGCUCUUUUCACAUCGAGAAUGCAGACUCUCAAAAUCGGAACCUGGAGAAUCUUACAUUUAGCCAGCCGAAAUUUAGGUGUCCCGCGAAAAAUUGCGACAAUGCUUUGAGUUUUAAAAUGUUUUUCACGCACACUUGCUGUUCUGUAGCGUUUCGGAUGUUUGCUCUUCGGCCGAUAAACGAGCAACUCAAACCAGCAGAGCUAACUUUAAAAAAUGCGGAAAAAGAAACAGAAAAGUAUAAGAAAAAAUGGCAAAAUGCAGAAAACAGACGCAAAAGAGCCCAAGAAGAUGUGGAUUCUCUCCGUGCUGCGAAAACUAGGAUCAUCGAAAGAACAAUGGAAAGACCAAAAUGCAGAGUCUGCCUCCAUGAUUUCGACGACAUCAUUCGAAAAAGAUACGCACCUAAAUGCGGGCAUGUCACCUGCAAGAGUUGCUUGGAUCAACUUCUUCAAAAAACCUGUCCCGCCUGCCAAAAGGCUUUCACGACAAGCUCGCUCACCAGAAUUUACGAAAACUAA